GACAAGUGACAUUUCGUCGAUGGUCACGUAAGAGAGUUUUCCACGGCCACAUCGUUUUUCUUUACCAAUUUUAUUAAAAAUUCUCGUAAAUUCAUCAAAUUUUCUUCAACGAAAAUGAUCGGGAGAAGCAGUUUGUUCGCGAAAAAUGCCAUUUCCACUUUUGUCAGGAACUCCAGCCACGGGGGUUUUCCAGGCGCGAAUUUGCCCUUUGACAUCAACAAUCGGUUUAAGCUGACCGGUUUGUUUAUUGUCUUUUUUGGGUCAGCCUUUGGUGCCCCAUUCCUCGUACUGAGGCACCAACUGACAAAGGCUUAAACCCUUUUUUUUCCUCAUUUAAAAGGUUUUUAGGUCUGUAGUUAAAGUUAUUGCUGUGCCACUCUAGCAUUGCAGUUUUUUUUUUAAUAAAAUAUGUAAACCCUGAUAAAUAAAUGAUUGAUUUAGAGUA